AUGCUCUUCGUCAACAAGUACAAGGACGUGCCGUACAAAGUCCUCAACUUCCUGGGGGCCCAGAUCAACUACGGCGGUCGCGUCACCGAUGACAAAGACAAGCUGCUCAUCUCCACGAUCCUGGCCACGUACAUCUGCCCAGAAGCCGUCGACGGACGGGAGCAGUACAAGUACUCUGCCAGCGGCCUGUACUUUGCCCCCUCCUCGGACACCGUCGAGGACUUUGUCGAACACAUCCGAAGCUUGCCGCUGUACCCGAUGCCCGAAGCUUUCGGCCUGCAUGACAACUGUAACAUCACCUGUGCCCAGGACGAGGCUUUCAAGCUCCUCCUGGGCAUGCAGAGCAUGGUCUCCUCCGGAGGGGGCGGCGGGGACGGCAAGUCCGCCGACGAUGUCAUGGACGCCACUGCGGCAUCGGUCCAGGACAAGCUGCCGAAGCCGUUCCCGCUGGAUGUCUGUGAGCAGAAGUUCCCUACCAGGUAUGAGGAAUCCAUGAACACUGUCGUCAAGCAGGAGUGCCUCCGCUACAACAAGCUGCUCACCACCAUGGACAGCUCGCUCAAGGCAUUCCGUCAGGCCAUCAAGGGCCUGAUCGUGAUGACUGCCGAGCUGGAGGAGCUGGGUAAGUCCAUCUUCAUCAAUGAGGUGCCCGAGAUGUGGUCCAAGAAAGGGCCGCUGUCGUUGAAGCCAUUGAGCAGUUGGUUUCCUGACAUCCUCGCGCGGGUGGCCUUCUUCCAGAACUGGAACGAUUUGGGUCGUACGCCGCCCGUGCACUGGAUCAGCGGAAUCUUCUUCCCUCAGGCCUUCUUCACCGGUGCCAUGCAGAACUAUGCUCGCAAGCACGGCGAAGAGAUCGACCUUUUGUCCUUCUCCCAGAAGGUCAUGGACAACAUUGUCAAUCCGAAAAGGGAGCUCAUCGUUCCUCCAGAGGAUGGCGUCUACAUCUACGGCCUCUUUAUGGAAGGAGCGCGCUGGGACAAUAGCACCCACAUGGUGCAAGAGUCGGAGCCCAAAGUGCUCUUCACCGAGCUGCCCUCCUUGUGGUUCUUACCGGUGAAGGAUCGCAAGCCGAAUCCGAAGGAUUACCGAUGCCCGACCUACAAGGUCCUUUCUCGCAAAGGGACGCUGCUCACCACCGGGCACUCGACGAACUUUGUGCUCUACCUGGAGCUACCCACAGAUAAGGCCGUGGCGAAGUGGAUCAAAGCGGGCGUUGCAUCCUUCCUCGCCUUGAAGCAUUAA